AUGAAAGGCGGCGGUGCUGUUCAUGGGAUCGGUGCCUCUUUGAAGAUUCAAGGGAACGGUAUUGUGAAGCUUGGGAAGUACACCGUAAAUGAUACGGCGUAUGUUCCUAACUUGCCUUGUAAUUUGCUGUCAGUGUCAAAAAUGACCCAGAAGACAGGCAAGUGUGUGAUCUUCACUGAGUCCCAGGCAUAUAUUGCCAGUGUACCGGCUGCUGUUUUAAACAAGGCAAAAGCCAUUGGAGAAUUAGACGUUAAAAGUGGACUGUACAGCUUCAAAGAGGAAGCAAAACGGUCCUACUGGGCUGCAACCGCGGAUGCUCAUGAGAUGAAUGCGGAAAGCACUUCUAUCAUCCUGACUACAGCAAGAGCUAGUCAAGGAGAGUUGUGGCAUGCGAGACUUGGUCAUCCCGGGAAACUCAUUUAUCGAAAGCUGGAACAUGACAUCAAGUUGCCGAAGUAUGAGCUGCCAUCAUAUGCUCAGUGUUCGACAUGCUCGCUAUUAAAAGGUGUGAUUAAAAAGGGGCCUUCUUCGGAUCGUGUCGUGACUGCCCCUCUUCAGUUGAUCCAAGCUGAUAUAUGUGCGAGCUUUCGGUAG